AUGGACAAAUCUUGGAUAAAGGCAGAUAGAGAUUCCUUACAGUAUGAAAUUGGUGUAGAAAAUUUCUUGAUUUUCGCGGAGGAAAAUGCUAAAAACCCAAAGAAGAUACGUUGCCCCUGUUCACGUUGUGCUAACUUCAAAAAAACUUCUGUCAAUGCAAUCAGGGGUCAUCUAUAUGAAUCUGGGUUUAGUUUAGGGUAUUUGGAUUGGAUUUGGCAUGGGGAAGAGGUUGGUAACUUUAUUAACUCACAUGCGGGUAGUUCUUGCCCUGCUAAAAUUCCAACACACGUUAGCGAAACGGUUAAAGUAUGUGAAGCAGCCUAUAAUGAUGGAGAAUGCGAUAAUGAAUCAGAUGACUUUAUGAGGUUUGUUUCCGAUGCGGAACAACCUCUUUUGGAGGGAAGUGAGUGCACCAAACUAGAGUCAGUCUUGAAAUUACAUAAUUGGAAGGCUAGGUUUGGAGUUAGUGAUAAGGCCUUCACUGAUCUUCUUGAAUCUGUUGGCUCGUUUCUUCCUAAAGGUAAUGUGCUUCCGCCAAAUAUGUAUGAAGCGAAGAAAACCUUGACUGAUUUAGGACUUGAGUAUGUUAAAUUCCAUGCUUGUCCAAAUGACUGUGUAUUAUACAGGGGUCCAGUUCUCGAGUCUUUAGAUGAGUGUCCAAAGUGCCAAAUUUCUCGCUGGAAAAUUGGAAAAGACGGUAAAGUUAGGAUUAACGUUCCAGCGAGAGUUAUGUGGUAUUUUCCGAUAAUCCCCAGAUUCAAACGGCUUUUUAAAUCUGCUGAUACUGCUAAAUUAAUGAGUUGGCAUGCGAAUAAUCGAUCUAAAGAUGGAAAGAUGCGUCAUCCAUCUGAUUCCCCUUCUUGGAGAAAUGUAGAUAGUAGGUGGCCUGAGUUUGGAAGUGAGGACAGAAAUAUACGCUUAGGAUUAGCGGCAGAUGUUAUUUUAGUAACAUAUAAUCUUCCUCCAUGGUUAUGCAUGAAGAGGAAGUUUAUGAUGUUAACAACAUUAAUUUCCGGCCCGCACGAGCCUGGAAAUAAUAUUGACAUAUAUCUACAGCCAUUAAUCGAUGAUUUUAAAAAAUUAUGGGAGGAGGGUGAACCAAAUGUUUAUGAUGCACAUAGUAAAUCCUACUUCACUCUCAAGGCAGUUCUAAUGUGGACAGUGACUGAUUUCCCGGGAUACGCAAAUCUGUCAGGCUGCAUAAAUAAGGGUUAUAUGGCUUGUCCAAUCUGUGGUGAUCAAACUGUGGCUAAAUAUUUAAAUCAUAGUAGGAAAAUGUGUUACCUAGGUCAUCGUCGAUAUUUAGACCGUCAUCAUCCUUAUAGGAGGCAGCGAAUGGCUUUUGAUGGAGAACAAGAACUUGGUGAUGCACCUGAGCCACUCAGCGGAGAAGAAGUGUUGGCGCAACAACAGAAACUUGAAUUCAGUUUUGGGAAAGGGGGAAAGUCGAAAAAGGUGGAGUAUGCAUGGAAGUAA